CCCAGCCUCCCAGCCUGUGACCAUCAUAGCUAGCUCAGCCUGCCACUCUCACAAGGACGAUCGCCUGCCCUAACGCCUGGCCACACUGCCCCACAAGGACUGUGCUAUGAACAUGGCGUUUCCCGGGUGCCUCUUGCUCCCAGCAGGGCACCCCCUUGGCAGGAGCUCGGCUGCCUGCACUGGAGCUGGGAACACAAAGAUCCCCAUCCUCCUGGCCUGGUUUUGGGCUUCCAUGACAGGACUCCCCAUGGCAGACUCAGGCAUCCCAGAACUAACUCAGCUCCAACUGGUGAACGGCCCGAGUCGCUGCGCUGGGAGAGUCGAGGUGCUUCACAACCAGCAGUGGGGAACCGUGUGUGAUGACAACUGGGAUUUAACUGAGGCCAGAGUCGUGUGCAGGCAGCUGGGCUGUGGGACGGCGUUAUCAGCCCCACGUGAGUCUCGGUUUGGACAGGGAACUGACCGUAUCUGGCUGCAUGAGGUAAACUGCACAGGGACAGAAGCCGCCCUCUCCGAAUGCAGAGCUAGGCCUUGGGGAGAGCAUAAGUGUAAUCACGUAGAAGAUGCUGGUGUUGUGUGCUCAGACUCCAACAUUCCAGACCCAGGUCCUCUCCAGCUGGUGAACGGCCCCAAUCGCUGUGCUGGGAGAGUCGAGGUGCUUCACAACCACCAGUGGGGAACCGUGUGUGAUGAUGGCUGGGACUUAACUGAUGCUGGAGUCGUGUGCAGGCAGCUGGGCUGUGGGACGGCGUUAUCAGCCCCGGGGGAGGCUCACUUUGGGAGAGGUUCUGACACCAUCUGGCUGGAUGAGGUUAACUGCACAGGGACAGAAGCUGCCCUCGCCGAAUGCAGGGCUCGGCCUUGGGGAAAAAAUAACUGUCACCAUGGAGAAGAUGCCGGUGUUGUGUGCUCAGACUCAGGCAUUUCAGUAGUGACUCAACUCCGACUUGUGAAUGGCCCAAGUCGCUGCGCUGGGAGAGUCGAAGUGCUUCACAACCAGCAAUGGGGAACUGUGUGUGAUGACAGCUGGGAUUUAACUGAGGCCAGAGUCGUUUGCAGGCAGCUGGGCUGUGGGACGGCGUUAUCAGCCCCACGUGGCUCUCGGUUUGGACAGGGAAAUGACCGUAUCUGGCUGCAUAAGGUAAACUGCACAGGGACAGAAGCCAUCCUCUCCGAAUGCAGAGCUAGGCCUUGGGGAGAGCAUAACUGUAACCACGUAGAAGAUGCUGGUGUUGUGUGCUCAGACUCAAACAUUCCAGACCCAGGUCCUCUCCAGCUGGUGAACGGCCCCAAUCGCUGUGCUGGGAGAGUCGAGGUGCUUCACAACCAUCAGUGGGGGACCGUGUGUGAUGAUGGCUGGGACUUAACUGAUGCUGGAGUUGUGUGCAGGCAGCUGGGCUGUGGGACGGCGUUAUCAGCCCUAGCGGGGGCUCACUUUGGGAGAGGAUCUGACACCAUCUGGAUGGAUGACAUUAACUGCACAGGGACAGAAGCUGCCCUCGCCGAUUGCCGGGCUCGGCCUUGGGGAAACAAUAACUGUCACCAUGGAGAAGAUGCCGGUGUUGUUUGCUCAGACUCAGCCCUUCCACAUCUGGCUCAGGUGCGAUUGCUGAACAGCCCAAGUCGCUGCGCUGGGAGAGUCGAGGUGAUUCGUAACCAGCAGUGGGGAACCGUGUGUGAUGACGGCUGGGACUUACAGGAUGCCGGAGUCGUGUGCAGGCAGCUGGGCUGUGGGACGGCGUUAUCAGCCCCAGGAGGGGCUCGAUUUGGACAAGGAUCUGGGCCAAUUUUGCUGGAUGAGGUUAACUGCACAGGGACCGAAGCUGCCCUCUCCGAAUGCAGGGCUAAGCCUUGGGGGGAUCAUAAUUGUCACCACAGAGAAGAUGUCGGUGUUGUGUGCUCAGGCACAGGCAUCUCACAAGUGGCUCAGCUCCGACUGGUGAACGGCCCGAGUCGCUGUGCUGGGAGAGUCGAGGUGCUUCACAACCAGCAGUGGGGAACCGUGUGUGAUGACAACUGGGACAUAAUUGAUGCUGGAAUCGUGUGCAGGCAACUGGGCUGUGGGACAGCGCUAUCAGCCCCAGGAGCGGGUCGAUUUGGGCAAGGAUCUGACCUGAUCUGGCUGGACGAUGUUCAGUGUAAAGGGACAGAAAUUGCCCUUUCCGAAUGCAGGGCUCGGCCUUGGGGAGACAAUAACUGUCACCACAGAGAAGAUGCCAGUGUUGUGUGCUCAGACACCAGCAUCUCCGAAGUGACUCAGCUGCGACUGGUGAACGGUUCGAGUCGCUGCGCUGGGAGAGUCGAAGUGUUUCAUAACAAGAAGUGGGGAACUGUGUGUAAUGACAGCUGGGACCUACAGGAUGCUCGAGUCGUGUGCAGGCAGCUGGGCUGUGGGACGGCGUUAUCAACCCCUACUGGAGCUCACUUUGGGCGAGGAUCUGACCAUAUCUGGCUGGGUAAUGUCAACUGCACGGGGACAGAAGCUGCCCUCUCCCAAUGCAGGGCUAGGCCCUGGGGAGACAGUAACUGCACCCAUGAAGAAGAUGCCAGUGUUGUGUGCUCAGACUCAGGCAUUUCAGAGCAGACUUCGCUCCGUCUGGUGAACGGCCCGAGUCGCUGCGCUGGGAGGGUCGAGGUGCUUCACAACCAGCAAUGGGGAACCGUGUGUGAUGACAGCUGGAACCUACAGGAUGCCGAUGUUGUGUGCAGACAGCUGGGCUGUGGGCUGGCGUCAACAGCCCCAGGCGCGGCUCACUUUGGGCGAGGAACUGACUCCAUCUGGCUGGAUGAUGUUCACUGCACAGGGACAGAAGCUGUCCUCACUGAUUGCAGGGCUCGGCCUUGGGGAGAGAAUAACUGUCACCAUGGAGAAGAUGCCGGUGUUGUGUGCUCAGACUCAGGCAUUUCAGAGCAGACUCAGCUCCGACUGGUGAACGGCCCAAGUCGCUGCACUGGGAGAGUCGAGGUGCUUCACAACCUGCUAUGGGGAACCGUGUGUGAUGACAGCUGGGACAUAACAGAUGCUGAAGUUGUGUGCAGGCAGCUGGGCUGUGGGACGGCAUUAUCAGCCCCAGGAGGGGCUCGAUUUGGACGAGGCACUGAUCCCAUCUGGCUGGAUAACAUCAACUGCACAGGGACAGAAGCUGCCCUCUCCGAUUGCAGGGUUCUGCCUUGGGGAAUCCAUAACUGUAACCACGGAGAAGAUGCCGGUGUUGUGUGCUCAGACUCAUCCGUUCCAGAGAGGGCUUCAAUCCGACUGGUUGAUGGUUCGAGUCGCUGUGCUGGGAGAGUCGAGGUGUUUCACAACCAGCAGUGGGGAACCGUGUGUCAUGACAGCUGGGACAUAACAGAUGCUGGAGUUGUGUGCAGGGAGCUGGGCUGUGGGAUGGCGUUAUCAGCCCUAGCGGGGGCUCACUUUGGGCAAGGAUCUGACCCCAUCUGGCUGGAUGAUGUUCAGUGCACAGGGACAGAAGCUGCCCUCGCCGAAUGCAGGGCUCUGCCUUGGGGAGACAAUAACUGUCACCAUGGAGAAGAUGCCGGUGUUGUGUGCUCAGAUCAGGGCCAGCUGAGUCUGCGGCUGACGAGUGGCCCAAGCCCCUGCUCUGGGCGAGUGGAGGUGCUGAUUAACAACACCUGGAGUGCCGUGUGUGACGCCGGCUGGGGCCUGCCGGAGGCGGGGGUGGUGUGCAAGCAGCUGGGCUGCGGCACAGCGCUGUCAGCCCCAGAGGUGGCUCAGUUCGGCCACGGGGCCGGUGACGUCUGGCUGGAGGGCGUGAGCUGCUCGGGCCAGGAGUCUCACAUCAGCGAGUGCCAGCUGAGCCGGCUGGGUCCCGGGCUGUGUGGCCAUGGCUCCGAGGCCAGCGUGGUGUGUGCCGGGCAGGCCGGCUCUGGGCUGCUCUUGUCCCUGCUCCUCGGCCUGGGGGCUGUCGUGGUGCUGAUCUUCGUGGCCCUGCUCUGCUGGAGGAUGCGGCGGGACGGAGCCGCUGGGAACCCCCUGGGCCAUGUGCACCUGAAGGAGCUGGGGGCUCCAGGGACCCCACCCCGGUCCCAGGGAGCGGCAAAUCCAGAGCCCUCCGAGGAGCCCGACAGCCAGAUGACCUGGCUGGUGAGGGAAGACGUGGUGCUGUGAGAGCCGCGUGCCAGCCGGGCUGGGCUGGGCUCAGCCUGCAGUGAGAGACGGGCCGGUGGGAUCCUGCUCAGAGCAGCCCCAGAGCUGCCAGCUGCCUGGACUGUGGGGAUGCUGAUGGGGCUCAUCUGGGGGCUGGGGGUCUCCACUCCCACUGUGGGGCCCCUGGCACCAUUGUCCCCCCAGCUGACUUGGAAAACUCCCCUGCUCCGCCCCACCCCCAGCUUUCCCUGCUGUAGCUCCCAGCAGCUCCCACGCCCAUCCCUGAGCAGCCUGUGCCCAGCCAUGCAGACAGCAGGUGGUGCGCCCGGCAGAACCAUUGUCAGGUGCACAGAGACAGCCGGCUCCUUCCCCACCCAGCGACCAUCCCAACAUUUAAAUGAGCUAUGGGGAGAGACUGACUAUGGGUGUCUGCCUGUGCCCGAUGUGCCAGGCCCUGGUAAAGCCUGGUGUUCUCAUAUGUAUGUGCCCAGUACAGCCUGAUCUCGAGGCACCAGGCCCCGUCUGUCUGUCUGUCUGUACCCAAUGCACCCUGAACUCAGGGCACCAGGCCCCGUCUGUCUGUCUGUGCCCAAUGCACCCUGAGCUUGGGGCACCAGGGCCCGUCUGUCUGUCUGUGCCCAAUGCACCCUGAGCUCAGGGCACCAGGCCCCGUCUGUCUGUCUGUGCCCAAUGCACCCUGAGCUCAGGGCACCAGGGCCCGUCUCCUCUCUCUGUGCCCAAUGCACCCUGAGCUCAGGCCACCAGGCCCCGUCUGUCUGUGCAGCAGCCUGCCCGGGCCCCCAGUAAAUGAUCAUUACAGCUUCUAGUGUGUAGAUAAGGUGCAGAACUACGUGCAGCUGCAUGAUGGUGCCUUGCUUAAUGGAAAGGGAUGGGCCGGGUUACAGAUACAGAUACAAAGAGCUUGUCUCUAACCUUCCCUCCCCCACCCCAUCCUUGUGCUGUAUAAGUACCCGGUGGUAAUAUUACACAGCUAGACACGGAGACAGCAGCUGCGUCCAGACAUGAGCCCUGUUGCACAUUUCCCAGGGGAAGAUGUUGGGGAACAACCACAUUAUUCCCCCUUUUCUUUGCAUUAGUAGCAUAUUGGCAGCUGAAACCUUUCUGAUUUCUUGUAAUUCCCAAAAGCUUCCACAAGGUGUCAAUGGCUCCCCACUCCUCAAAGUGCCCCACUCUCACCCCCUCUGUAGUGGGGUGACCAUAUGUCCUGUUUUGGCAGGGACAGUCCCUUUUUCAGCUCUGUUCAGGCCGUCCCUACUUUUUUUCAGUAAAACUGGACAUUUGCCCUGAUUUGUGAAGGCAGCGCUGCCUUCAGAGCUGUCCCCCCGGGCAGCAGUCCCCGAUCUCCGCUGCACACUACAGGCAGUUCUUAUGUCUGGGUCAACCUAGGACAGCUGUUCACUGCUUGCAUUACAGGAUAGUGAGGAGUGUACUUAGAGGAUUGUACCUCAGAGAUGUAUAAUCCCUUCCCGAGCAGCCUGGUGUUCUGGUAAAAUGAGUGUGCUGCACACAUUACAAUGGUGCAUUCCUCCCUGAGCUCAGUGAGUACAGUCGUGACUGGUAGGACGCACAGAGAGUAGGGUGACAGAGUGGAGAGCAGAGAGAUGUGGCUGCUGCCAGGGGAUCAGCUCUGAAGGCAGCGAUGCCUGCCAGCAGCAGCAGAGAAAGUUGCUGCUGUCAGACAGUGCUAAUUUCAGAACUGACCCCAAGGAAGCAGCCCCGCUUGCUGGCCGCAGGGCAGAGCAGAGAAGUAAGGGUGACAUGGUAUUGCCACCCUCACUUCUGCGCUGCCUCAGAGUCUGAGCUUCCCUUACUGUAAGGCUCAGAAUAAAAUGCUUUGAGCAACUUAACCGGAGGCUGUAUAGAAGCACUAAAUUAAUUUUCCCGUCAGCUUAGUGCGAGGUCAGCAACGAGAAUGUAGAAACUGAUGGGCACAGAUCAUAGCUAAAUGGAUUGUCAGCAUCAGCAGGGUUGAAGGAUGCCGCAGGCAGGUAAUCCGAUGGUGGUUAGUGGCAGUGCUCUGAUUUGUAAAUGCUGGGGGGUUUUCUGGUUAGUUGAGUUGCAGCUGCAGGCUGAAAGCAGCAUGAUGUUCUCUUCCCAGCUCCAAGGUUUGCCUUGCUUGGGAGCCUGAGUGUUGAGACAGUGUGAAACAGGAAGGAUUUUUAAUUGCACAUUUUGUUUUAUCUAAGAGUCUCCCUGAGCCAAACAGGCUGCCUGCCGUAGAGGCAGAGGGCCGUGCCCAGAUGCUGGGCUGGGCCAGUGUUCCGAGAAAGCCUUGUGAAGGAACACUUGCAAAUCAGUUCUUCCCUGGUGUUUCAGUAGCAGAUUUACCAGGCCAUAGAGAUCUCUGGUAUAAACCCUUCGACUUGGAGAUUAACUUGGCUCAUAGCAAGAAAUUGGUUCAGCAAAACAGGCUGUUAGGAGCAGGGUCCCAGCUGGAGGCAGACUGAUAUCAUGGAUCCAAAACAUCCCUACAAGGAGCACACACAGUUCAUUGACACACAUGUUCUCCUUUGACAAGGGCUGGUUGUGUUACAAGUAAGGGUGGCAAUACCACCAUGCUACUCUUACUUCUGUGCUGCUGCUGGCGGGGGCGCUGUCUUCAGAGCCAGGCAGGCCAGCAAGCAGCCGAUGCUCUCCAUUGGCAAGCUGUGAAGGUAAUGCUGCCCCCAGUCACAGGAUGUUGCCAGGUGAUGCUUUUGUUCUUUUUGGGGUGGGGGGUGGGGGGGAGCCUUGUGCAUACCUGUACCCUUGGAAGAAUCAAUUGUUUGUGUGUGGUCAUUUUUUGCUAUAAAAAUGUCUAGGAAACAGCUGUGUAAUUGUAAUGAAGACCUCCAAAAACAGUUCAAGUUUUUUAAAAAAGACACUUCAACACUGGACAACAGCAAAGUUGUAUGUGAGACAUGUGGAGCACAUUCCUCCAUUGCCAACGGUUGAAAUGACAUUACCCAGCACCCACAAAGCAAGAAACACAUAUAUGCUGGUAAAAAUAAGUCUUUAACACUAAGUGUUUCAGGAUUUUUUUUGAGGCAAGACACAGAAGCUGAAAAAGUUUUUGCCAGUGAGGGAGUGUUUGCUUACCACUCAGUGCGGCACGCACACAGGUUCCGCUCUAGUGACUGUACAUCACAAUUAAUUAGGAAACUAGGCCAGUCUACGUUUUCAUCUGCUCGCACAAAAUCCGAGGCAAUCGCUUGCAACGUCUUAGCCCCUUUAUCCAUUGAAAAAAUGCAGCUUGAGUUGGACAGGGGUUCCUUUAUUGUGCUUAGUGUGGAUGUAUUGAAUAAAAAGGAACAAAAACUAUUUCCUGUUCUUAUAUGGUAUUUUCUCCCACUGGGUGGAGUUUGCACAAAAAUUACUGACUAUUCAUCUCUACUCAGGGAAACAUCAGUUUUGCAGUGUGCAUUCAUCCAGCAAGUGAUUGAGAAGCCAACACCAACACUAACUUUGGGGGUGCCAGACUUUGUGGGAAAAACAAUUUGUGGUGAAAUCUCCAGGCCAACUUAGGAAAAGUGAUCUUCAGUAUUGGGUGUGGGGCACAUAUUGUGCAUAACUCCAAACUGAUUGUCUUCCUUUAGAUGUAGAGAUCUUUGCUGGAAAGGUUUACAAAUACUUUCAUAUCUACACAGAGCAUGUUGAAGAGCUGAAAGGUUUCUGUGGAUUUAUUGAAAUUGAGUAUACCAAAUUACUAGAGCAUGGCAGCACACAAUUCCUCUCAUUGAGACCAGCAACACAGGAUUCUGUCAAUUUUGAUGGGCUUAAAGCGUAUUUUCUUUCUCAAGAUAAAUGCCCGACACUGCUACAGAAGCUGUUCAAUGCUCCUGCCACUCAACUGUGUCUUCGAUUUGUCAGCAGACAAACUGCCAUGUUUCAAAACCUAAUGGAGAUGAUAGAGAAAAAUGCUUUGUCAGUGGCACUUCAAAUACAUUCCCUGCAGGUUAACUUAUUGGAGAGGCUUGGAGAAAGAUGUGUCACCACAGAAGUGAAGAACCUACUGCACACUUUUGUAGAAUGCAGGCAAAUGAAAGAAAAGGAGUUAUACAACAUAGCUGACAAUUUUUACAGGCCUAUCCUACUUAGAGACUGAGAGCACUGGAGACCUGCCUUUGAGUGCACUGAAAAGUUUGAGUGGGCUUUGCUAAGGAAUAUGCAAGACAGCCUCCCUGCAUGCCACAUCAGAAUUCCCACCUUAUAUAUGUUGAAUGAGAAUCGUCUCUUUGACAAGUGGUCUAGUGCCAAAUCAAUUGUCUCCAGUUGUCUUUCAGACUGGAACCAUCAAAGAACGCCCAUCACCGAAAGGUGGCAGAAGGUUUUUCAAGAGCGAUUGUCCGUAAUGCAGUACAAUACACAGAUCUAGCCAAGGCUGUGGAAUUUGUGCUGUGUCUGCCUGGUACUACAGUGCCUGUUGAAUGUGUCUUUUAAAUUAUGAAUGAUGUGUGGUCUCCUGAAAAAUCACAUCUGAGUAUCUCCACCACAAAGGCGGUCUUGUGUGUGCGAGUUCACUUUUCUCUAGACUGCACUGCAUUCUAUGACAAGUUGCUGAAAGACGAGCAAACCCUCAGCCAAAUAGCAUCGUCAGAGAGAUACAACGGGCAUCAAGCAGCUUCACACCCUGAAGAACGGCAAGGCAAGGAACAAUCCCAGUAACUACUGAGUUUUAAAUAAAAUAUAUGAACACAGAUAUAAAAUAUA